UUUUUUUUUUCCUAUAGCCCAUUUUAUAUAGAAUGGUCGAUUCUUCUGCUACUCAUGUUGCUAAUUACAUGUUAGAUUCUAUUCUAAAAGAUUUAGCAUUCCUAAAAGAUAAUAAUUUUUUACCACAACAAACUUACAAUGAGGUACUUGCCAUACUUCCAACACAAAUAACGACAACGAAUGAUAAACGACCACCUUUACCAACUCGUAAGUCAACUAAUGUGGCAUUACCGAUGACAGCUUCUUUACCAAAAUUACCUGUUAGACGUAGUGUCAGUACUACACCUGAGAAGCUAGUUAAUAGAGUUCUACCUAUCGAAGAAAACACCACACCACCACCUGCCUAUAGUCAAAAAUCACCAGAGCCAUUAGCUACUGCAGAAGCACUAUAUGAUUAUAAAGGGGAUCCAGAAACAGAUUUAUCGUUUAAACAAGGCGAUAUCAUUGAAGUGAUAGAAUAUGUAAAUGAUGAUUGGUGGAAAGGAACUGUACAUGGCAAAUCGGGUAUCUUUCCUCAAAAUCAUGUUAAGAAAAUACCACCUUCUAUUAAGGCUAAACGUCCUUGGAUACCACCAUCCUCUAAUAAACCUCCUAUGACUGCAAAUACCACUACUAUAGCAACAAUGCCUUACAGCUAUCCUCCUCCACCUACAACUAUUUAUGCACCACCUCCACCUACACAACCACCUUCUCAAAUUUAUGGACAGCCAUCAUCAACAACAGUCAUUGUUCAGCAGCAACAACAAGAACAAUCAGAAGGAGGAGAUAGAGUGGCUAGUAUGGCAAAGAAGUUUGGUGGACAUGUAGCGACAGCUGCCACAUGGGGAUUUGGUGCAACAUUGGGUAGUCAAGCUGCAAAUGCAAUAUUUUAAUAAAACUUUAUGUUAUUUGAUUGGCUAAUUUAUUCAAAUAAAAAAAUUUUUGGAUAUUUUUUUGGUUUUUUUUUUUUUUUUUUCUU